AUGACUGUCCACCUGGCCGACGAUGAACUGUUCACGAGAGCCAUCUCCGGAUACCGCGAAGUGUUUUUGGUUCAACAUUCCCACCUCUCGGAAUCCGAACAGAUCCAACUCUGGAGGGAACGGCUCGGUCAGUUCAUGCCGGCCCCCCAGGAUGAGCCCGUAGGGAAACCAGGGAAACGGUCUCGACAAGAUGCGACUCCUCGGACGAUACCUCCCUGUGACUCUGGUCUCCCACGGGCAAAACGGAGAGCCACCACCCCGGACCUCGCAGUCUCCGAUCUGACGCGGAACCUCUCGCACGCCUCCUCUCCUGACCUACCGCGGACCGCGUCCCUGUCGACUCCCGAGGGAGCCUACCGUCACACCGCCAUGGUCCGCUCCCAAAGCCAGCAGAUCCCGGUCUCCCACCGACACCCGCCUGCCGGGGCCGCCAUGGGCAAACGCCAAUCCUUCGGCCCCCGGACCCGUCGUCUCGACCAUGUCGACGAGUAUUCGCCCUCCGAGUACGCCCGCUAUUUGGACACCUCGCAGCCGUUUGACGCGGCCUGGACUUUCAAUGGACGGACUGGACCAUCCUCCCCGUGCCCCUGGACGUCCCCCUUCGACCAGGCCUCGACAUCGGCAGUGGAAAUGUCACGCAGCGAAACCACCGACUCACUCAUCGGCGGCAUCGACAUGUUCCGCUUUGACUCGUCCGGACCAUCGCAGACCCCAACAUCCAUCGGCUCCGUUCCGCCGGACUGGGUGCCAGCUUCCUCCCCUUUCACGUAUCAAGACCCCUUUCUCUCUGUGUAUCCUGACCUAGAUCCCACAAUCCCCAUGACGUUCUCCAACACCUCCCCCUUCUCAACCUCCGCUCCCCCAUCCACCCCCUUUUGCCCCAUGCCCCACGCCUUUCCCUCAAUGGAGGCAGCGGAAAUGAGACCCUCGGAUUCAUUCGACAGCAUCAACUCGGCAGCUUCACAAUCUCGCGCCGCACGCCGCACUCACGAGCAAAUCGCCCAUGGCGCCCGUCCCAUCGCGCCAAAGCGCGACUCCCACGACAGCACCAUGACCCUCUCCGACCCAAGGGACCCGCACAAGAUGCUGCGCAUCUCCUCGGCAGACGGCACGACCAAGGAAGUGGCCGCCAUCCCCAAAGCAUCAAUCCACAGACCCCCACGCCCAAAGACAUACUGCCACCUCUGCCAAGACCAUCCAGACGGCUUCCACGGCGAUCACGAGCUGCGCCGCCAUAUCGAGCGCGUGCAUUCUUCCGUCCGCAAGGUCUGGGUGUGUGUCGAUAUCUCGACCGAUGGGAAUUUCCUAGGGAACUGCAAGGCUUGUCGGAAUGGGAAGAAGUACGGGGCGAAUUAUAAUGCCGCUGCGCAUUUACGUCGUACCCAUUUCAAUCCUUGUCAGCGGGGUCGCGGUGGGCGUGGGAAGGAAAGUGAGAAGCGCGGUGGGAAGGGCGGUGGUAAUUAUCCGUCUAUGGACGUGUUGAAGCAUUGGAUGGUCGCCACUGAGGAGGUCAUUGACGGCGCAUCUCUGGAUGGUGUCGAGUCGGGGGUUCUAGUUCGGGGUGAGCGCAAUGUUCCGAUGCAUUUCGAGGUCGACGCGACUGUCUGCGAGACUGUUGAAGAUCAUGUCCCGUUUAAUAUGGGUUCGGCGCCAUUUGAUGGGUAUGGUCAGUUCUCCGAGGUCCCUGGCGCGCCGUUCAAGCUCGAUCUUGAUCUCGAAGAGCAAGCUCCUCCCAAGUCUCCGGUCUAUUUCGACCCUCAGCGACCGUUCUCGCCAGAAGUGGAUUCGUAUGUGUGA